AGCAAAAAGAGCAAAAAUGGCGGACUUACUGAACGCAGAUGGAGAGAAUCCUAAAAGGACACUAGUAUUUGUGAAUCAUGUGGAUUUAUAUACUGGAAAAAGUAUAAGCAAGAUAUUGACAGAGUCUGUGGUUGGUGCUACAGCAGAAGAAGAUGAAGUUAAUGAUGAUGAGUCUCAAGCUAGUGGACAGCCCCAAAUUCCAAAGGAAAAUUGUUACAAAGUAGUUGGUACUUUACAGGAUCCAACCCAGCACAAACCAAAGUGGGUUGAUGAAGUCUUUGAGUACAAUACAAAAGAAGAUCUGCUUCCCCAUUUACUGGAGUGCGACAUUAUUGUGUAUGACAUAACUGGGAGUCCUGAUCAGGUAGAUGAGGCUACUUGGGCUGUGUCAGCCCUUCAUGCAGAACUGGAGAAUUUCAACACAUUGAAAGUAUUCAUUUGUUUAUCAACUGUGAUGACAUGGGCAAGAAGCAAACCACUUGAUCCUGAUGACCCAGAGAUAUCAUUCACGGAGGAUGACUACCGCCGCAGGAGAGCCCAUCCAAACUUCAAAUCCCACAUCAGUGCAGAGAAGCUUGUCAUCAAACAUGGAAAAACAAACAAGUCCAAGUUUAUCACUUACGUUGUGGCAGCAGGUUUAACAUAUGGAUCAGGAGAGGACAUCUUUCACUUUCUGUUUAAAACAGCAUGGCAUGGUCAGGCACCUGCAUUGCAGUGUUUUGGCAAUGGCCAAAAUAUUGUACCCACCAUCCACAUCAAAGACCUGGCAGCAGUAAUUGUGAAUAUUUGUGAUCAGAAUCCCAAAGUACGCUAUCUGGUGGCAGUGGAUGAGUCUAAGAACACUCUUGAAGAAAUUGUCAAGGCUGUUAGUUUACACCUUGGAAAUGGAAAAGUAAAGAAUAUCACAAAGGAGGAAGCACUUCUUAUUAAAGAACUUGAGCAAGCUGACUUUGACUUGCUCCUAGUCAAUCUGAGAAUGGAUGCCACUUACAUAAAAGAGGGAAUGAAUAUCAACUGGGUGUCAGAAACUGGACUUACAGAGAACAUUGAUGGUGUCAUCAAAGAGUAUAAAGAAACAAGGGGACUUUUGCCUCUCAGGGCAUGCAUCAUUGGCCCCCCUGCAUCAGGAAAAACUCUGGUUAUCAAACAGCUUUGUGAACACUAUAAACUUCAUCACAUCAAAAUUCAAGAUGUGAUUGACGAAGCUGUGGAUAAACUGCAACGCAGUGCUGCUCGUGCUGAAGCCGAGGGAGAUGAUGAAGACGAUUUAAAGGCGCAAGAAGAUCAAGAAUUCCUUGAGACUCUUCAGGACAGCAAGGAUAGAAAUAGUGCUCGUUAUGAAGAUCAGUAUAUAAUCAGGUUCUACAAAGACAAAUUGCAUUCCAUGCCUUGUCAAAACCAGGGUUUUAUCUUGGAUGGAUACCCAAAAACAUAUGAACAAGCCAAAGAGUUAUUUGCAGCUGAAGAAGGAGAAGAAGGCGAGGAGGACUCACCACUCAGUUACGACAAACUCAUAAUGCCAGAGGUGGUGGUUUCACUUGAUGCCCCAGACGAAUUCUUAAAAACCAGAGUGAUGAACUUACCUGAAAGUGUCGUCGCCGGUACGCACAAUACAGAGGAAGGUUUGAUGCGGCGACUAGCUGAGUUUCGCGCUACAAACACCGAGGACGAGACAGUAUUGAAUUAUUUUGAUGAAUUGGAAAUCCACCCAGACCACAUCGACAUAACUCUGGAUAAAACAAGAAAAAUGACCAAAGUAGUGGAGCAGAUCAAAAAGCUGAUGGGAACGCCAAGAAAUUACGGUCCAACACCAGAAGAGUUGGCAGAGAUGGAAAGAAUUGAAACAGAGAAGCGGCUUGAAAAAGAACGAAAAGCACGAGAAGAACGUGAAAAACGAGAUGCAGAAGAAGCGGCUGAGAGACAACGACGGGAGGAAGAAUGGCGUGUCCAAUUGUCAGAAGUGAAACGUCAGGAACAGGAGUUAUUAGAAAACCAGUCCAUUCCCCUGAGGAACUAUCUCAUGAAGCACGUUAUGCCGACACUGGCCCAAGGCCUCAUAGAAUGCUGUAAAAUGCGCCCUGAUGAUCCAGUCGAUUACUUGGCUGAGUAUUUGUUCAAGAACAAUCCACAGAUUGAUUAGACAAGCGGGGAAGAUCCAAUCAACGAUAAAAAUUUUGUACAGUUGGAUGGCAAAGGAAACUCUUCAUUGCUGUUCGUUUUUAUAGAUAUACAGCCCAUGCUUUAGUUUAAACCGUGUUGAAGAAAUCAUGGAAAUUUUAGCAGUUUUCUUUCCUGUAAAUAAGUAUCACAAUAAAAGUUGUAUUCAGUUAA